UGGUUGGAGUUUUCAAAGGAGAGAGAUGGGAAAGUUCUUUUCCCGGGGGAAUGUAAUUCCCAUGUUUUAUGGAAAAGUCUUUCCCAUGAGGAACAUGGGAAAGCAACUUUCCCGUGUGGCAGGAAUCAAAAUAUUUUUUUGUUCUCCAAAAAGCCCCUCAUCGUAAAAGCCCCUUCCGUGGGAAAGCUACGACCGACCAUCGCGAUCUCUCUCCUCAAACCCUCCUCCAUCGUAAAAGCCCGCUCAUCUUCCUCUUUCUUACUUCACUCUCUCGAUCUCGUGGGUGUUAGCUCCGACGAAAAUCUUGGGAAGAAUUCGAGUUCUACCAUUCUCCUCUCGAAUCCAAAGAGAUAUGAGCACCUCAAUAGCUGGAGAAGCAUCAACAGGAAACAAAAGAACAAAGUGCAACAGAAAAUGGGGUUAUGUGGAGGAUGCAAAGCUUGUUGAGGCAUUGGUUGAGUUGGUAACCCGAGGAGGUUGGAGGGGCGAUAAUGGGACUUUUAGGAGUGGAUAUUUGCAGCAAUUGGAGAGACUAAUAGAAGAGAAGCUUCCUGGGUGUGGACUGAAAGCAAUACCACAUAUCGAGUCUCGGGUCAAGCUCUUGAAGAAACAAUACAAUGCUAUUGCAGAGAUGUUGGGACCUAACUGCAGUGGAUUUGGAUGGGAUGACAUCAACAAGUGUGUGACCUGUGAGGAGGAUACCUUCAAGGAAUGGGUUAAGAGUCACCCAAAUGCUCAAGGUAUGAGGAACAAGCCUUUUCCUCACUUUGAGGACUUGACUAAUAUCUUUGGAAGGGAUCGUGCUACCGGAAUGGGAGCUGAAGCACCUGCAGAUGCUGUUGAAGAAAUAGAGAUGGAGGAGCAACAGUAUCCGUACACAUCACCAGCUAUCAAUGAGAGCCAAGAAGCAGAUAGCAAUUUUGUUGGUCAGAAUGUCAAUAUGAAUACUCCCCAGACAGCUACUCAUACUGAAGUUGCAGGUCCAAGUAGGCCAACCAGAACUAAGAAAGCUAGGCAUGAGGCCCUUGAGGUUGUGAGAGAUCUUACAUCUGAGAUGACUAAGGUAGUAGGCAUGAUGGCAGCUGCUGGAGAUCAUAUUGAGAAAUUGGCUCAAUGUUUUAAGCACGAGUCUGAGACUGCAGAUAGAAGAAUGACAGUGGUCUCUGAGGUGAUGAAGGUGCAGGGUCUUUCUCAAUCUGAGAUUCUUAAGGUGGGCAAAAAAAUUGCAAUGGACCCACUGGAGACUGAUUACUUUUUCAGUCUUCCAGAUGACUAUAGAAGGGCAUAUGUUUUAACUCUUUGCUCAGAGUUUCAAAAUGGGAUGUAGCUAAGUUGGGUAGGGUUUGUGUAUCUUUUUGGGAUAUUAUGUAUUGGGUAGCUUUUUGGUGUAGGCCUUAUUGAUAACAAUGGAUGUAAACACUACUUUUGGAUCAACUACAAGUUCAUGUUUUGCACUUUCUUUAUGUUGUUUCUUGUUUCGUAUGUUGCUAGAUGCUUACUUGUAUGAAUUUGGAUGGUUACUUUAAUAGAUAACAAUGGUUAUUAAUAUCCUUCUUUUCAUGAAUUAUUAUUGGUCACUAUCAUCAUGAUUUG